CACAAAGUACGUGUGUUUGUGCGUGAGUGAGUGAGUGAGAGAGGACAACUAGUGGGAGGAGCUUUUGCAUGAGAAAAUCCUGAGGUUGAUAAAGAGGAAAUCUCUCUCCCUUUGUCUCUCUAGAAUCUCCAUUGCUGGAUAAGCUCCUUUGCUACAUAAGAGUAGCUCUAGACAAAUCAUGUUUUUCCGCAAGAGCAAUUCCUCCCAUGAUGGUGAGAGUGUUGAGCAGCAGCACGAGCGCAAGUUCCAAGAGCUCAAGUCUUCUCUGGGACCGUUGACGGGUCGCAGUCAGCAGUAUUGCUCUGAUGCAUGUUUGAAGAGAUAUCUGGAAGCUCGGAGCUGGAAUAUAGAAAAAUCAAAGAAGAUGUUGGAAGAGUCACUGAGAUGGAGAUCAAGUUUUAAACCGGAAGAAAUCCGUUGGAGUGAAGUUGCAAUUGAAGGUGAGACUGGGAAAGUAUUCAGAGCAAACUUUCAUGAUCGGCAGGGUAGGACUGUUCUUAUACUAAGACCGGGAUUACAGAAUACGACAUCACUGGAUAAUCAGAUGAAACAUCUGGUUUAUCUCAUUGAGAACGCCAUAGCAAAUCUUCCAGAAGGGCAGGAACAAAUGGCGUGGUUGAUUGACUUCACAGGUUGGUCUAUAAGCAACAACGUCCCUAUUAAGUCUGCAAGAGAUACCGUCAACAUACUACAAAAUCAUUACCCUGAGAGACUAGGCGUGGCGUUUCUGUACAGCCCCCCUCGCAUUUUUGAAGCAUUUUGGAAGAUUGUUAAAUACUUCUUGGAUCCAAAAACGUUCCAGAAGGUGAGAUUUGUGUACCCAAAGAACAAGGACAGUGUAGAAAUUAUGAGGUCGUAUUUUGAUGUGGAGAAUCUCCCGACUGAGUUUGGAGGCAAUGCAACACUGCAGUACGACCACGAGGAGUUUUCAAGGCAAAUGGCAGAGGACGACAUGAAAUCUGCCAAGCUGUGGGGUUUGGAGAAGCACCAUCCUAAUGGUUUGAUGGGAGCAGAGGUGGCUCCAGAGCCAGAGUCCCUUGCUCCACCAGCGAGCUAAGUCGUAUCUAAUGGCGAUGACAAACUAAAUUAUGAUUAUUAGAAUAAUGCUAAAUCUAGUAUAUAAGCUCUAAAAGAAAUGAACCAAUUCGGUACUUGCAAAAUAUGGAUGCUAAGGUUAAUACUAUCUCAGGGUUUCAUUUUGUGUACUGUUAUAAUCUAAUCCAUUCAGGCAUUUCCCUGAGAAUACAGUCUGUUAGAGAGGUUUCACUGA